UCUUGCGCCUCUUCUUCAACAGGUUUCGAUGGCUAUUGACGGGAGUUUCAAUCUUAAACUGGCGCUGGAAAGGUUUUCUGAACGUUGCCCCAAAGUCGCAGCUUUUCCAUUAUUCAAAUCGAUUCUCAGCAACGGAGAAGAAGUGGAGGAGGUGAUUAAUGCUUUAUCUGACGUGUUUCUUCACCCGGAGCUUACUAUUCCAUUGGUUCAUUACUUCCUUCCCAUUAUCAAAAGAGUUGUAGAUAGAGUGGUGGGUCUUCUUCAUCUAGUGGGUGAUCUCAGCUCAAGUAGUGAUUACUCAGACGAUGUAUCAGUCUUGGAAAAUGCGUUGAACGAAGGUGUUAGUUUCAUUGAUUUUUAUGUUCGGCGUGGACAAAGGCUGGAGCUUCAUGAGUCUGCUUGCUUAGCCUUCAGCCGUGCUCUUCAUCUAAACACCUCCUUGCCAGGGUCUAUUCUAAGUUAUUUUAAGAAAGCUCCACCACCAUACGAGCGGAUUCUUGUGAAAUAAAUCAUUUCUGAGUCGCAGAUGGAGGCUACUACAGCUGCAUACUUGCUGUGUCUUCAAUCUCUCAGACUGCCCUAGCCGGAAAAGGCAUCUUGUGGAAAAGCAUCGAGAGGCUGUGUGGUGUGGGAUACAAAUUCUGUCUGUUGUUUUAAGAUGCACUGACAGAAUGGCAGGAUGUUUCGGUUUUGGAGGAGAGGAAGCAUUCUCAUGCUUGCUACGCUGGGAAGAAUUUUUUCAGGAUAUAGAAAUAGAAAAGGCUGGAUCGGACGUUCAAUUGCCCAACAUACGAGGGGUUGCGGUCUUUACAAGAUUUUAGUGCCCUUGCACCUGGUAUUCACAAGAAACAAUCAGCAGGGAUGGAAGAAAAGGAGCCGCUGAUGAAGAUCCGAAGGGUGGACACCUGGGAUGUCAAAUCUUUCGCUGAACCAUUUGAAAUUCACUCUAGGGUGAAAAAAUCUUUUUAAAUGGUCUCAUUGGCUGUUAGUCAAAAACGACCUGUUCUUCUGUAUGGUCCCUCGGGAUCUGGAUAGCCUGCCCUCAUUAGAAAGUUGGCUGAUGAGAGUGGUAACCAUGUUGUAUUUAUCCACAUGGAUGAUCAACUUGACGAGAAAACGCUGGUUGGCACUUAUGUGUGUACUGAUCAACCUGGAGAAUUUAAAUGGCUGCCUGGUUCACUUACCCAGGCUAUUAUGAAUGGUUUCUGGGUGGUUCUUGAGGACAUAGACAAAGCUCCAUCAGAUGUCCCCCUUGUCUUGUCCCCUUUGCUGGGAGGCUCAUGCUCAUUCGUGACCAGCCAUGGAGAGGUGAUAAAGAUAGCAGAGAGUUUCCAACUGUUUUCAACCAUAUCCACACCCGAAUGCAGUGUAUCACACAUCGGGGAAGCUGGAAAUUCUCUAAGUCCUCUUUGGAGGAGAAUUGUUGUUUAUCCACCAGAUCGUGAAAGCUUGCAAAAUAUUGUGGGUGCUCGGUAUCAGAACCUGAUACUUAUUGAAACUUAUGAAAAAGUCAACUCUGCUCUUCGUCCCCAGUUUUCUGGUUCGGCAACUGAAAACUCAGCUACAUUCAGUUCCCCGAGUAGUUUUUCACUGAGAGAUUUGCUCAAGUUGUGUGAACGAGUUCAGGGUCUGCCCUCGUAUGAUGGUCAUGCAAUUUCUCUGGAGGCAGCAGAUAUAUUCUCUGCUUCUUAUAUGUCAACUCAAAAUCGAGCGACUGUAAGUGAAAUCGUGGCUAGCGUUUGGAAUGUUCUUGUUCCAGAAUCUCAGCAUAAGCCCCCAAUUCAGGAACUUUCUAAAACGCUUAAAAUUGGCAGAGUGUCUCUACCACUUGGCGAAACUGCGUCACAUGACCGGUCGAGGUUUGUUGAAACACGCACAUCCACACGGUUACUUGAGAAAAUAGCCCGAUCUGUUAAGUACAACGAGCCAGUUCUCUUAGUAGGAGAAACAGGGACAGGGAAAACUACUCUAGUUCAAAAUCUUGCACAGUGGAUCGGACAGAAACUCACAGUUUUGGUGUGUUUUUAGCGUACAUUCUUCUCUAUAGUAAUUGUUUCAUAUA